ACCGGUAAACCAAGGAUGGCUCGUAACGUGGCAGUGACUUCCCUCCUCGUGGCUCUGUGCCUCGUAGCCGUUGCAGGACACAGCCGUUACGGUUUUGGCCACCAAGGGGGCGUCUUGGGCGGUGGAGUCCACGGGGGCGUCCUGGGCGGUGGAGUCCACGGGGGCGCCCUGGGCGGUGGAGUCCACGGGGGCGUCCUGGGCGGUGGAGUCCACGGUGGCGCCCACACAGGUCUUCUGGGCGGUGGACUCCACGGAGGCGUCCAUGCAGGGGGUUUUAGACCCGUAGGCUCUGGCGUCCAUGGCGUCGGAUCCUUCAACCCCGCUCAUUUCCCUGGUCUUGUGCCUGGUUUCGGCUUCCACGUCAACAGACCCGUGUUCGGAUACAACAAGUGCAAGUACUGGUGCAGGAGUAGCUAUACCCGACAGUAUUACUGCUGCCAACAGUCUUAUUAUGGCUAGAUUCAUAGUUCAGUUUUGAAAUGACCAUACUGUAGACGAACCAGUUUAUCUUUUAUGUUGACAAAAUUGUUUGUUGCUUGUCAAAUAAAGAGUAUGUAAACAAA